CCACUUCUUUCGUCGGCCACCCACACCGUCAACAGCCACCACCAAUAUCAUUGACCACCGACACUGCCCUCACGAUGUCGGCCGUCUCGCACGGCGAUCGUGAAAGCGUCACAACAGGGUUGAAGCGUACUGCAUCGAACGCUUCGAUGUCGUCGUCGGAAGAGAUCACGGUCAGACCUAGGUCAUCAACAACCAGUGAUCAGAGCAGUAGCGGUGCCUUGCUCAACCGUCGUCAUAAUACUUUAAUCGUCGACGCCAUUGACAAACCGAUGAAGUUGUGCAGCGUCACUAACGGCAUGCUUACCAUCAAGCUGUCCAAAGAGCAGUCGGCCAAGCUUUUGACGCCACGUCAAGCGACAACCGACAGAAACGUCGACCUUAACGGCGACGUCGACGAUACUGAUGGCCGCAACGCACGUGGCACAUACUCCCGUAGCUACAAAGAAAGUCAUCCUGAGAUUGACUGGGUCCAUCGCGGGCAGGGUAGAUACUUGCCCGCAGACCAGAUCAAGAAGGAGCCAGGUCUGGUGCCGGAGCGUCGGUCAAGUCGCGUGCAGCAGGUCGAAUUGAUUAACGACGACAAAGCCAUCAAAGUCGAGCCGAACGAGCCAGGGACAGCCCCUCCAGCUAAGAGACAGAGGACUGCCUACAACUCAAGCUCGCAUUCGGCGACCGAUAGCACGCCUCAGUACGGUCUGCGUCAACGUAGCGUGACAAUGCAAUCUCCCUCAGCGAGCGAGCUGCGCUCGGCCCGCCUCGCACGCCGCACACUGCCCAGUAUUGAGAUGACCACUCCGCUUCGCAGCUCUUCGCUUCGCAAAGUUUGGUCUGUAGAGGAUGACGACACUGCCGAAGAAGAGAGCGAUGACAACGCCCUUACCGACGCUGCCCUGGAUCUGGCCUCGGGCCGCGGCGAGCCGACCUACAAGAUCGGUUAUGUGAAAGCGCACCCUGAGGAAGUCUUCCACCAUACCGGCAACGGCUGGUAUAGAAGAGGCCCACGUCCUGCCAUCAAGCCUAAGGAGGCACUUACCAUCAAGGCUGAGAUCAACGAGGAACGCCAAGCCCAGCGUCGCUUGAGCAGCCGGCUUAGCGACGGUCCAGCAAAGCCACGAGCCCAGCAAUCAAUCCACAAGACGGACCUCCAUAACUGGCCUGGCGCUGAGUUUCAUCACAAGGGUAACGGCUGGUACAAGCCUGGUCCGGAUCCUAGGGGGGUCCGUGCCAGCAUCUGGGUGCCAGAUCCCACCGACGCCGACGCACGUGACAGCGGAGUAAACGACUUCGACGCCGACAGUGACCACGCCGGCGAUGACGACAGCCAGGACGAUUUCGACGGUCACGCGAAAGCCAACGGCACCGUAGACCGCAGUUACGUCGACGCACAUCCGGAGAUCGAUUUCGUCCACCGCGGUAACGGCCGUUUCAUGCGCAAAUCGGACGUCGAAAUGGCCAAAACCAGAGCCACGGGUUCAGCUACGCCCGUCCGUGAGCACCGCAAGUCACUAUCUGCGCCUGAGAAGGAACCCACGUACACUAGGGAGUACAUAUUCAGUCAUCCGGAUGAAGAUUUCUAUCACACCGGAAAUGGCCGCUACAAGCGCGGCCCUAAGCCUGACACAGCACCAGCCAAUGAAGAUAAUGAGUCUGAUGAGAGUGAGCGCGAAGACGAUGUGGAAGAAGUCUUGCUCUUUAGCAAGGAGUAUGUGGAUGCUCAUCCGGGAGAGGUGUUCCAUCACCGCGGUCAAGGCCGCUAUGGUCGCGGACCGCGAGUCAGUGCCGUGCGCGCUAGUACCGCGGCAAACGAUGAUGGCGAUGAUGAGGAUGAGGGUGAUGCGACUGCACGCUACGACACCGCUUACGUGAAUGCCCAUCCAGAGCAAACCUUUCACCACAAAGGUCAAGGUCGAUGGGCUCGCGGCCUCCCGCCACCAGGCAGCCAUAACAAGAUCGCCAUUCGCGGUCCUGGUGCAAAGGGAAACAGCAUUAGGCCGUCCGAAGAGCUGGAAGUCCCGAAGAACGCGCCUGAGCUUACUGCCCUGGUGCUCAAGGUCGAUGGUCCCGACAAGUUUCCAACACUUGAAUGGCACUACCGCGGCGGCGGCAAAUGGGGCCGUCUCACCAAACAGCAGUACGAAGAGAUGUUUGAGGCCCCUUCGCCCAAGCACCGCGACAUGUUGAUCGACAAGAGCGCGCUUACCACCAACGUCCCGAAGCGUGGCAAGAAGCAGACUGAUGGCCCGAAUGUGCAACUGGCACGUGGGACCGAUGUUGUUACCAAGCAUACUGCGAAGCUGCGUGCGUCGGUCGAUGUUGCUAACGUCGGCUUAGCGGCUCAUCGCAAGCGCAAGCACAUGGCUGAGCGCCGUGCUUCCGAUCGCUCACCUGGCGCAGCGAAUGUGACCGAGUCUCAAGCAAGGCCGCAGGCGAGGCAGCCUGCAGCCAAACCACGUAUGCUUACAGAGCAAGAGGAUCCGCUCGACGAAGUGCUACCGCCGAUUUUCAAGGCGAAGGGAUGGAGCCCGCCACCGAUGCUUGAGGGUGAAGAGGAUCCGAUGGACCGCCAGAUGCGCCACGUGUUCCCAGCUUACAAUUAUGACAUGGUCCUUGAAUCAAUGACUAAGUUCGAUCCUGUACAGCGCCGCAUAGAGAAGCUCAAAAAGAUUGCGGCCAACGCGGCGAACUUUCUGAAAACGAUACAGGGUGAAUACCUUGCGCUUGACAAGUACACCGCACCGUACGCAAAGGUACCACGCAAGCCAGCCAAAGGCGGCAGUGUGCCACUUCCGCAGGACACAUUCGAAGAUAUGAAGGAGGCGGACCUGUACGACUAUCAAUUCGACCCACGCCGCAUUGGUAACCAGGAUCCAGAUGCGCAGAAGAUUGUGCGUGACGCCGAGGGUAGAGAGCUGAGGAAGAGGGCAAGGCGGGCAGGCGUUGAGCCGACCGACACUGUGCCGGGAUGGCACUUCGGUGAGGCGGAACUUGCUGGAAAGAGACAGUCGCGUCAGCCAAACCGCUUCGACGGCGUCAUCGAGGAGCCGGCUCGAAAGCGCGCCCGGAUCACGGUCACUGGCGUCGACGGCGCUGAGAGUGUUGCCUCUUCCCGCGGAGCUACGCCAGCGAACGGGUACGAUCCGAACGAAUUCAAGCCGCCGACUUCAGGACGUUGGGCCGGGCACGUCCCGAAACGCAUUCAGCAGCUCAGAGCUGGCAGCGAGUUGAGCCUCGGCAGCAGCGUUGAGGCUGCUGAUGCUGGUGGGGUCAAGAAGGGCAGGCCGCUAGGCAGCAAAAACUUGCGCAAGAGGCGCGAUGCGGGUGUUUCAAAGGGUCAACGCGAGAAGAAGACUACUGCGGAGCUGGAGGAACUAAGGGUCCGCAUGGAAAAUGGAGAGGAUGUAUACAAUGAGGAGUCGGAAAGUGAAGAUGAAGAGGGUGAGGAGCUGGAGGAAGACGAGGAGAAGGUGCCACGCAUGCCGAUGGUCACUGGCCCUGACGGCUUCCUUUACCCAGCUUAGACGGCUAUGUUUGCGGCUGCUGAUGCUUGGUGCGUUGCUAUUGUCGGCUCUUGAAGCCCACCACAACCGUCUAUGCUUGCGACAUGCAAAGGGAUGAUGCUGUGUACAGGACGCUUUGCGGCGGUCUGGUGUACGAUAGCUUAUGUAAAAUACCAAAAAUGAGCAUAUACCGAGUAAACCGUCUGUAACGGAAACUGAGCGUUGCUACUGGUCCCGCCGUUAUCCAUGCGUCACCAGCACCUGGGAAGCGUAGAAGAAACGGUUGUGAACCUAGGUAAAGGGGGACAACUCGAGGCUUCUGAUG